GUGUUUCUGUGGCCCCUAUCUCUGUAGUAUCUGAGGGCCCAGAUGUUAAUUAAUUUAUCCUCAUACCACCCCUGUAAGGAAGUAUUAUACUUAUUUUACAGAUGGGGAACCCAAGGCAUAGGCAGAGUAAGUGACUUGUUUAAGGGUCACUCAACAAGUUAGUGGCAGAGCUGGGAAUAGAAUUUGGAUGUCCUUAUUCCAUCUCCACUGUUCUAAAACUACCAGACAACGUUCCCACUUUCAACUAUAUACUGGUCUCAAAUAAUGCAUAUACAUUCAGAAUGCUGCUGCAAAGAUCAUUUUCUUAGCCUGUUACUUUGACCAUGUCAUCCCUCUCUUUCUCCCACUGGCUCCCCCUUCUCUGUCACAUCCAACAUAAACUGUUUGUCUUCCCUUUCAAGGCUAGCUGCAGUAAUUCCCCACCCUACCUAUCAUCUCUCAUUUGCUGUUGGGCUACCGGUGCUCAUUUCCGAUCAGCCAUGGUGCCAGCCUCCAUUGCCUGCUUGCUUGUUUGAAAACUUAACACCUUCAUUGUUCCUCCUCUGCUGCCCCUCAUGCUUGGGAGGAGCACCCUAUGAACAUUCACAGAGCUACCUCAUUAUUCACCUUGACAUCCCUCCACAAGAGUCUCUUCUGCCAUGAUGCCUACAACAAAGCUUGACAAAAAGUAAUUGUCACAGGGGAAUCAUCAUAGAAUGGGAGUUCUUCAGGCAUCAGUACUAGGGCUGAUGCUAUUCAUUAUUUUUAUCAAUGAUCUAGAAAGACAACACCGGAGUGUACAGUGAAGUCAGCGUUUAAAUAAGGAUGGAGCUGGCUCAUAGUUUGUUGCUAAAUGAAGAAGCUUUGGCUCAAAUCACAGAAGCAAAGAGGCCGGUCUUUAUUUUUGAGUGGUUGCGAUUUCUGGAUAAAGUGCUUGUAGCAGCCAACAAGACAGAUGUCAAGGAAAAACAAAAGAAGCUUGUGGAACAGCUAACUGGACUCAUCAGCAGUUCCCCUGGGCCACCCACACGUAAAUUACUCGCAAAAAAUCUUGCGGCUCUUUAUAGCAUUGGCGAUACAUUUACUGUCUUUCAGACACUUGAUAAGUGUAAUGACAUUAUCAAGAAUAAAGAUGAUACUGCUGCCUAUUUACCGACCAAACUGGCUGCAGUGGCAUGUGUUGGAGCUUUUUAUGAAAAAAUGGGCAGGAUGCUGGGCAGUUCUUUUCCAGAAACCGUUAAUAAUCUCUUAAAGUCUCUGAAAAGUGCAGAGUCUCAGGGCCGAAGUGAAAUAUUAAUGAGUUUACAGAAAGUUCUAAAUGGACUGGGUGGUGCAGCAGCUUCAUGCCACCGUGAUAUUUAUAAGAAUGCACGAUCUCUGCUGACGGAUAGAUCUAUGGCUGUACGAUGUGCAGUAGCUAAGUGCCUACUGGAACUACAAAAUGAAGCUGUAUUUAUGUGGACUGCUGAGCUAGAAAAUGUAGCAACACUCUGCUUUAAAGCUCUGGAAAACUCAAAUUAUGGUGUACGAGUUGCAGUGUCGAAGCUUUUGGGGACAGUCAUGGCUACAGCGUUGAUACCAAAACAAGCAACAGUGAUGCGUCAGAACGUGAAGCGGGCUACACUGGAGGAAGUCCUAGAACUUAUGGCCACAGGGUUUCUUCGAGGAGGGUCAGGAUUCCUAAAAAGUGGUGGUGAGAUGUUGAAAGUAGGAGGGUCUGUCAAUCGGGAAGUGCGAGUUGGUGUCACACAGGCAUAUGUUGUCUUUGUUACAACGCUAGGAGGCCAGUGGUUGGAGCGCAAUUUUGCUACAUUUUUGUCCCAUGUCCUGGAUCUGGUGUCCCAUCCUCGUGCAACUCAGACUCAUGUUGAGGCAGUAUACUCUCGAAGAUGUGUGUCCUUUAUCCUGAGAGCAACCGUAGGCAGUUUAUUAGGGGAGAAAGCACAGAUUGCAGCUGCCAAAGAUAUUUGUCAAGCCAUUGGUAAACAAAUGAAGGCAGUGGAAGCGGUUGUGAAUGAUACUAACGGGGAAAAUAAAUCCGGAGCUGCUGAUGUAGCUGCAAGCCAACAUGUGAUGGUGUGUGCCCUUCAAGAACUAGGUAGCCUGGUUCAGAGCCUGAAUGCCACUGCAUCGCCACUCAUACAAGAACCCUCUAUAGGGCUAUUGGAGACAGUAACCUCAGUUCUUCUUCAUCCAAGCAUGGCUGCUCGGCUAGCUGCUGCAUGGUGCUUGCGCUGUGUAGCUGUGGCAUUGCCUUUUCAGUUGACUCCAUUUCUGGAUAGGUGCGCUGAAAGGCUCAACAAUCUGAAGACCUCACCAGAAGCAGUUAGUGGCUACAGUUUUGCAAUGGCUGCUUUACUAGGUGGAGUGCAUCAGUAUCCCUUAGGUAUUCCUCAUGCGAAGGGAAAAAUGGUAGUCAGUAUUGCUGAGGAUCUGUUACGAACUGCUGCUCAAAAUAGCAGACUGUCCUUACAGCGCACUCAAGCUGGGUGGCUUUUACUUGGUGCACUUAUGACUUUAGGUCCUUCAGUUGUUCGGUACCAUCUACCUAAGAUGCUGCUGCUAUGGCGAAAUGUAUUUCCUCGUUCUCUAAAGGAGCUAGAAGCAGAAAAAGCCCGAGGAGACUCUUUUACCUGGCAAGUAACAUUGGAAGGUCGUGCUGGAGCUUUGUGCGCUAUGAGGAGUUUCGUUGCUCACUGUCCUGAGCUCCUUACUGAAGAUGUGAUCAGAAAAUUAAUGACACCUAUAGAAUGUGCCAUGACAAUGAUGUCACACAUUCCAUCGGUAAUUAAAGCCCAUGGAGCUCAUCUUAAAGCUAGCGCAGCUAUGGUCCGUUUAAGACUUUAUGACAUUUUGGCUUUGUUACCUCCAAAAACUUAUGAAGGAUCAUUUAAUGCACUCCUUCGGGAGCUAGUGGCAGAAUUCACUUUGACAGACAAUUCUGCUAAUACAACUACAUCGCUGCUUAGAUCUCUUUGCCAUUAUGAUGACAGUGUUCUUCUUGGCUCUUGGCUGCAGGAAACGGAUCAUAAAUCAAUUGAAGAUCAGCUUCAGCCAAACAGUGCAUCUGGAAGUGGAGCUUUGGAGCAUGACCCGUCUUCCAUUUAUUUGCGCAUCCCAGCUGGUGAAGCUGUGCCUGGCCCCCUUCCCCUGGGAGUAUCAGUCAUUGAUGCCUCUGUGGCGCUCUUUGGUGUGGUUUUUCCUCAUGUUUCUUACAAACACAGGCUACAAAUGUUGGAUCACUUUGCUGAAUGUGUCAAACAGGCUAAAGGUGUCCGCCAACAAGCUGUGCAGCUUAAUAUCUUCACUGCUGUUCUCAGCGCAUUGAAGGGUUUAGCUGAGAAUAAAAGCACAUUAGGACCAGAAGAAGUCCGCAAAUCUGCUCUGACGUUGGUUAUGGGUGCCCUUGACAAUCCUAAUCCCAUUUUGAGAUGUGCAGCAGGAGAGGCACUUGGCAGAAUGGCUCAGGUAGUUGGAGAAGCAACUUUCAUCGCCAGAAUGGCUCAAUUCAGCUUUGACAAGUUAAAAUCUGCUCGAGAUGUUGUGUCAAGAACUGGUCAUUCGUUGGCUCUUGGCUGUCUCCAUCGUUAUGUGGGUGGAAUAGGUUCUGGACAGCAUCUGAAAACCAGUGUCAGUAUUCUGUUGGCGUUGGCACAAGAUGGGACCUCACCUGAAGUCCAGACCUGGUCUCUCCAUUCACUUGCCUUGAUAGUGGACUCUAGUGGGCCAAUGUACCGGGGAUAUGUGGAGCCUACUCUUUCUCUUGUUCUUACCCUGCUCUUGACGGUUCCACCAUCGCAUACAGAAGUACAUCAGUGUUUGGGCCGAUGUCUUGGGGCUAUAAUAACUACGGUUGGCCCUGAGCUGCAAGGUAAUGGAGCUACUAUUUCAACAAUCCGCUCUUCAUGCUUGGUGGGAUGUGCGAUCACACAAGAUCACUCGGACUCUCUUGUUCAGGCAGCUGCCAUAUCCUGCCUUCAACAGCUUCACAUGUUUGCACCCCGCCAUGUCAACCUAUCCAGUCUGGUUCCCAGCCUUUGUGUUCACUUGUGCAGUUCUCAUUUAUUGCUCCGUCGGGCUGCAGUGGCAUGUUUGCGGCAGCUUGCUCAGAGGGAAGCAGCAGAAGUGUGUGAAUAUGCCAUGAGCUUAGCAAAAAAUGCUGGCGACAAAGAGAAUAGUGGCGUCAAUAUUAACCCUUUUGCACCAGGAGCUGGUUCUCGGCGGGAUAUUCAUUGCCGGCAUCAAGGAGUUAAUAUAACAGAGACUGGCCUCGAGGGGGUUCUUUUUGGAAUGUUAGACCGGGAGACUGAUCGAAAGCUGUGUUCUGAUAUUCAUGAUACCUUGGGACAUAUGCUUUCAUCCCUGGCAGUGGAAAAACUUUCACACUGGCUAAUGCUAUGUAAGGAUGUCCUAGCAGCCUCCAGUGACAUGAGCACUGCAGCGCCUUUGGGAGGAGGAAAGGAUGACGAAUCGGAGAAGAAAGAUGAGAUGGAUGAUGACACAAUGUUUACCACUCUGGGUGAAGAGGAUAAAUCGAAGCCUUCUGUGGCUCCUCGCUGGGCCACUCGUGUAUUUGCUGCCGAUUGCCUGUGUCGAAUUAUCAUGCUGUGUGAGAAUGCGAAUAAGGCUCACUUUGAUCUGGCCAUGGCCCGUUCAGCCAAACUCAGAAACCCUAAAAAUGAUCUUUUAGUGCUCCAUCUCUCCGACCUCAUCCGUAUGGCAUUCAUGGCUGCAACUGAUCACAGCAACCAGCUGCGGAUGGCUGGUCUCCAGGCACUUGAAGAUAUUAUCAAGAAAUUUGCAUCAGUUCCUGAGCCAGAGUUUCCCGGUCAUGUGAUACUGGAGCAGUAUCAGGCUAAUGUUGGAGCUGCUCUAAGACCAGCUUUUUCCCAAGAUACUCCUUCUGACAUAACAGCAAAAGCCUGCCAGGUAUGUAGCACAUGGAUAGGAAGUGAGGUUGUAAGUGACCUGAAUGAUCUUCGCCGAGUUCACAAUCUCCUUGUCUCCUCCCUGGACAAAGUGCAAGCGGGAAAAAAGGGGUCUUCCAGUCAGCUUUACCGAGAGAGUGCCACGACUAUGGAAAAACUGGCAGUCCUGAAAGCCUGGGCUGAGGUAUAUGUUGUAGCUAUGAAAAUUAAAAAGGAAGCAGAGACCAAACCAAAGCGAGCAAUAAAGAAUACAGAUGAUGAGGAGGAGGAUUUUGGUACUGUAGAUGAGCUACCUCCAGACAGUUUGAUAACACUUGUACAACCUGAACUGCCUAUUCUGAGUCGCCUUUGGCUAGCUGCGUUGAAAGACUAUGCUCUUUUGACUUUACCAGCUGAAUUUGCUAGUCAGCUUCCACCAGAUGGUGGAGCAUUUUACACUCCAGAGACAAUUGAUACAGCUAGACUGCACUACCGGAACUCUUGGGCUCCAAUCCUACAUGCAGUGGCACUCUGGCUAAACAGUGCAGGAUUUAAUGCUUCUGAGUCACCAGAAGAAGCAGCUGCAGCAAUGCCUAAUUCACAGAAACGUGCGUCGUCCAUCAUGUUAAACCAGGCACCUGGAACACCACCUACCACUAAAUCUUUGCCAGAGAUAAACAAAGAUAGAAUGCACUUGAUUUUAGGUGUUAGUAUACAAUUCCUCUGUUCCCCCAGGCCUGAGGAGCCUGUUGAACAUGUCACGUCUUGUUUACAGGCACUGCAUACUUUACUGGAUUCCCCUUGUGCUAGAAUUCAUAUUGCAGAGGAUCAGCUCCUUGGUGUUGAACUUCUGAGUGUGCUGCAUCGACUCUUACUGACCUGGGAUCCUCCUUCAGUCCAGCUGCUAGUUACAGGAGUUGUCCAGCAGAUAGUGAGAGCAGCUCAAGAUUACUUGCAAGAAAAAAGGAACACUCUAAAUGAAGACGACAUAAAGGAAAAAGAAACGUGUCUUGUGUUAGGAGAAGGUGGUGAGAGUGGUGGCCUUGUGCCUGGAAAAUCUCUCGUCUUUGCAGCCAUGGAACUACUAAUGUUUAUCCUAGUACGGCACAUGCCACAUCUAAGCCCCAAAAUGUCAGACUCUCCAAGUCAUGUUUCUGCCAAACCCCAGCUCUCUGAAGAAAGUGCUCGCCUUGUGGCUGCCACAGUUACUAUCCUAUCUGACCUGCCUUCUCUGUGCUCUCCAGCCGGAUGUAUGACAAUAUUACCUACAAUCCUGUUUCUGAUUACAAGAGUAUUGAAGGAAACUGCAGUAAAAUCAGUGGAUAAUCAGGUCUCACCACCAGUCAGUGCAACUCUUCAGGCGAUAAAAACUAUUGUAACUCUUCCAAUGGCCAAGACUGAGGAAACCCAUAAGCAAUGGACCAGUCUUAUCCGCAGCACACUGGCAUCUGUCUUGGAAUACUCCCAACCAGAGGGUACUAAGUCUAUUCUUGAUGAAGUAAGCAUGCUUACAGCGAUUGCACUCUUCCUUUGGUCUGCAAGUACAGAAAUAAUUGGAGUGCAGUCCUUACAGAAUGGCUGCAUUAACAGAUUUAAAAAUGCAUUGAAUUCCUGUGAUCCUUGGGUUCAAGCCAAGUGUUAUCAGCUGCUACUUUCUGUAUUCCAACACACCAACCGUGCCCUGUCAACUCCAUACAUCCAUUCAUUGGCACCAAUAAUGGUUGAGAAACUGAAAGCUGUAGAAGGUAACCGUCUAAUCAGCAACACAGAGCUAUUAGCAGUCCAGGAAGGAAUUAAAGUCCUUGAAACAUUGGUUGCCCUUGGUGAGGAGCAGAAUAGAGUCCAGUUGCUUGCUCUUCUAGUUCCAACUCUGAUCUCUUAUUUACUGAAUGAAAAUGCUUUUGCUUCUGCAUCUACAAUAUCGAAAGAUCUUCAUGAAUUUGCACUCCAGAAUUUAAUGCACAUUGGUCCCCUCUACCCUCAUGCUUUCAAGACAGUAAUGGGAGCUGCUCCUGAAUUGAAAAUACGUCUAGAAACUGCAGUCCGAGCAAGUCAGGCCAGCAAAGCAAAAGCAGCUGCCAGGCAACCACCACCCACAAUACAUUCUGUCCCAACAAUUAAACUUAAAACUAGCUUUUUUUGAAUUAUUUUGAGUUAUUAUUUUUGGGAUCAUACCUACAAUUAAAAGUCAGAAGCACUACAUCAUUCCUUAUGUGCUACUGCAUAUAUGUUUGUAUUUUGCAUUGUUUGUAUGUCAGAGGCAAUCUAAUAGCUUUAUGUGUAAUUACUUGAAAUUUGUGCAUUAUAAGGGAAGUAGUGUUACAAGUAUUUAUAUAAAUUUUUAAGAAAUUGAAUUUGUUUGAUCAUAUUUGUGAAUCUGUGUUAUAAAUUAUCCACCAAAAAAGUAUCAUCUGUCCUACUAAAUUGUGUUGUUUAUUUUUAGAACACUGAGUCAAACCUAGCAAAUGUAAGUGUUUUUAAAAGCUAGUUAAUGCUAUCCAACUGUUGUACCAGCACACUAACACAGCAGGGUUGGAGUGGGUGGAGAAACCAGUAUUCGGUAUUUACUAUUUAUCUUUGGAAAUGUCAGGUGUAAUAAUCACAUUUUUCUUAAAAAACAAAAAAACACAAACCUA